AACAAGACGCAGUCUGAGUUUCAACAGGAAAACAGAGUAUCGUGAUUCUUUUGUUUUGUCCUAAAAAAAAAUGGUUCAGUUUCUGUUAAAGCGCACGUUCCCGGGGAAGCCGAAUCCGUUGUUGGCAUUCGUGACGGUUCUGGUUCUCGCCGUCGUGGGAUUCUAUUCCCUGCAUUUCCCUUACCAUGCGACCUCCUCGCCGGAACACGCGUUCAUUUCCUCCGCCUCCAACGCCACCAUCGCGGGCUACCUGCGCGCGCUCACCAUGCGCCCGCACCUCGCGGGAACAAAGCCCGCGUCGGCCACCGCGCGCCACGUGUUCGACCACUUCGCCGGCCUGGGCCUCCGCGCCGAGGCCGUCACGCACGCCGCGCUGCUCUCCUACCCCGUGCGCGCCUCGCUCGCGGCGCAUUUUAGCGGCGGCGCGGUCCACGAGUUUCGGCUGGGCGAGCCGGAGCGGGGUGACACGUGGCGCGAGGGGUUUGAGAGGGGUCACGUGAUGAGGGGUGGCAUUGGGGACCCGCUGAGUCCUGGGUGGGGUGCGGUUGAAGGGGGUGAGAGGUUGGGUUUGGAUGAUAGUGAGGUUUUGAAAAGGUUUCCCAAAAUUCCCUCCAUGCCCUUGUCUUCUGAGGCUGCUGAGUCCCUCUUGCUCUCGCUUGGAGGUGCUCCCUUGCCCUUCCAUUGGCGGCCUACCCUUAAGUCCUCCUUGGUUUCCCAUGUUGGCCCUGGCCCCACCUUCCUCAACUUUACUUAUCAGGGUGAAUUGAAGAUGGCUACCGUUGAAAACAUUUUUGCCAUUAUCAAGGGACGUGAAGAAUCUGAUCGUUAUGUUCUUCUUGGGAAUCAUAGAGAUGCAUGGACAUAUGGUGCUGUUGACCCCAACAGUGGGACAGCUGCCCUACUUGACAUUGCUCGUAGAUAUUCUAUUCUAUUGCGUUUGGGGUGGAAUCCACGGAGGACCAUCAUUCUAUGCAGUUGGGAUGCAGAGGAAUUUGGAAUGAUUGGAUCCACUGAGUGGGUUGAACAAAACCUUGUUAAUCUUGGUUCCAAAGCUGUAGCAUACCUUAAUGUGGAUUGUGCUGUUCAAGGCCAAGGUUUCUUUGCAGGCUCAACUCCUCAGCUAGACGAUCUCCUCCUCGAGGUCAUUAAAAAGGUCAAGGAUCCUGACUCUGAGGGUACAACAAUAUAUGAUAAUUGGGUGGCUGCUGGUGGAAACUCUAAUAUUCAAAGGCUCGGUAGAGUUGAUUCCGAUUUUGCUCCAUUUGUGCAACAUGCAGGGAUUCCAUCAAUUGAUUUAUAUUUUGGAAAAGAUUAUCCUGUCUAUCAUACUGCUUUCGACUCUUACAGCUGGAUGACAGAGUUUGGUGAUCCUUUCUUUCAGCGCCAUGUAGCUGUUACUGGAAUUUGGGGGCUUCUAGCCCUUCGCCUUGCUGAUGAUUCCAUUUUACCUUUCAAUUAUCUUUCCUAUGCGGAUCAGUUACAAGUGUACCAUAACAUACUGAGCAACCUUUUAGACAAUCGAAUUUCUCUAGAUCCACUAACUUCGUCUAUUCAAGAAUUUGCUUCUGCUGCCAAAGAAGCUAAUGAUGAAUCAAAGAAACUGAGAUUGCAAGAAACUCCAGAUAGUUCUUUAGAUAUGAAAAUGCGAGCAUUUAAUGAUAAACUAAUGCUUGCGGAAAAAGGCUUCUUGGAUGUUGAUGGGCUUCGAGGAAGGCAAUGGUUCAAGCAUCUUGUUUUUGGACCUUCUAGUGACCAUGAAAGCAAGUUGGAUUUCUUCCCUGGAAUUGCUGAUUCUAUGUCUGCAAUGGCUAAAAUGAGUGAAAAAGAAAGGUUGGCGGCAAUUCAGCAUGAGAUCUGGAGGGUUGCCAGGGCUAUUCAAAGAGCAGCUUUAGCACUAAGAGGGGAAUUGGCCUAAAACUAGUGGAAAAGAUGGAAAUCUUUGUUUUAUUUAACGGUGGACCUGUAAAUAUCGGUUUCUUUUUUGCGCCAAGAGUAUAAUGAGUACUUAGGUCCAUUUUACAUGUAAAUGUACUAGUGUACAACUGUACUUUACGGUAAAAGAGCUUUGGCUUGUUUGUUUUUAGUUGGGGUUAAACGAACUUCUCCGUUUUGGCCUUAGCUUAGCGUGAGGGUGAGUUGGAGGAUUAGAUUAUGUACUUUUGGGCAUAAGGAGCACCAUAUGAUCCCGACUUUCAGUGGGGCAUUUGAACCUCAAAUUGGUCCCUUGAUCCUAGAAGAAAUAUGGGUAACUAUGAUCAUAUUGAGGUUGUUAUGUUGGACCUAUUUGUGACAAUUUUCUUAAUCUAUCGAAAUUGAAUUU